ACCAAGCAAGACGAAGCAUUUUUCCACAAGAACAAAAAAUGGAAGACUUGUCAGUCCUGUAUCGAACAGAGAGCCGCAAAAAAGGCACGAACAAAGAGGAAGAGAGAAGAGGAAGCCGUUACCAUAGCGAAUAGCGGCGCUAACGACGAGGAACCCCUCAGAGUCUCUUUGAAGAGUGUGACACUAAUGGAGCUGGCUGAAUUUGUGGCCAACGAAGUGCGAGCAGUGGCAGCUAACCCACAACCAACAAAUCCAGACGGCAUCAAGCAAGGACUAAACUUGAGGGUUGCACUUAAUUUGACUGGUUCUAUUACCGGUAAUGAAAAUCCAAAAGAAGUCGCGCGAUGGAUCGUUGAAGAAAUUGAGAGAGCUGAUGAAUAUAAUUGGACGUACAACUGCAUGAAUACAUCUAUGCGUCAUAAGGACGUGGCAAAGUUCUACUAUGUAUGUAGUCAAUCUAUGGUCGCUAUGAAGGAAUAUAAACAGGGCUCAAACAGAAAGCGCAUGGAACGCUUCCCCUGUCAAGGAAAAAUGCAGAUGAAGAUAGACUUACCUGCGGCCGAAGCAAUGCUUGAAAUUCAUCAUGGAAUUUUGCACUCUAGACCCGUGAUCGCAUCCGAUAUCAGUGACGAGUGUAAGAAAGAGAUCGAACAGAAUCUCGGUCUCAACCCUAUAUCACUACGAGCUCAUCUCAGAGCAAAAGGCGUCAUGAAGAACUACACACCAAAACAAAUCCAUUUGUAUUGGGAAAAGGUGGCGAGCACAAAGAAUCCAGCCUCGUUGGCUCGCAUCAGCACCAGUAUACUUGCCGCAGCAACAAACAACGAGUAUACAAUGAUACCACCGCAACCAGUCAUGCCGUACAUAGGUCCCGUACCCGUACCUAUGGCUACUGUACCCCAUAUGGUAUCCAACCCAAUAAGCGAAGAAGAAAGAGCUGUAAAAUAUAAUCGCGAUGAUUUUGCCGAAUACGUAAAUAAGAUCGAACAAUUUGCGAAAAGAGUUAGAACUCAGUUGGAAUAUGGAAAUUACUUGUGGUUGGAGGCAGUGAAGGGAGUUACAAGCCGCGUCAUUGAGAUGGAGAAUGAUAUCGAGGAAUUAGAAAGACUGCGGGCUAACGAACAAGCUUCGAAGCCAUGGGUUGUGCAUUACAAGUAG